AUGAAGACCGUCAACUUUUUUACCAACUUGCUUCUUCUGUUCAUAGCCAGCGAUGCGAGCGCUUGGAUUAUCAGAAAUGCGACCGAAACGCCAGCCGGAACCAAUCUCACUUUUAAUACAUCGGAAUUGGGGGUUGAUCAAGGAUUAGCAUCCAAACCCAAAUCGAGGAGAAAACGGUACAUUUCGCAAAGUGACAUGAUUGCAAUUCUGGAUUAUCACAACAAGGUGCGUGCGAAUGUUUUCCCACCUGCAGCCAACAUGGAGUACAUGCUUUGGGAUGAUGGACUGGCCAGGUCAGCAGAAGCUUGGGCAGCCACCUGUAUUUGGGAACACGGACCACCUUACCUUCUUCGAUAUCUGGGUCAAAAUCUCUCAGUCCGAACUGGCAAUUACCGCUCCAUUCUUCAGCUGGUUAAACCGUGGUACGAUGAGGUCAGGGAUUAUGUGUUUCCGUACCCACGUGACUGUAAUCCCCAUUGCCCGAUGCGCUGCUAUGGACCCAUGUGCACACAUUACACACAAAUGGUGUGGGCGUCAUCAAACAGAGUUGGAUGUGCCAUCCAAACCUGCUACAAUAUGGUGGUAUGGGGCGCCGUAUGGAGGGAGGCAACGUACUUGGUCUGCAAUUAUUCCCCAAAGGGCAACUGGAUUGGUGAAGCACCUUACAGAGUUGGUGUGCCUUGCUCCGCCUGUCCUCCAAGCUACGGAGGUUCAUGCAGUAACAACAUGUGCUUUCCUGCUAUCAACUCAAACUUCAUGUACUGGUUUAAAUGAGGCAGUGUUUUGGCUAUUGAGGGCAUUUUUACAGUGAUGUUGUACUAUCUAAUAGUUUCAAUAAAAAGAAAUUAUAAUAUUGAUGCAAAUGUUUGCAUCAAUCCUUCACUCUCAGAAAUAAAGGUUCAAAAUCUGUCACUGGGGUUUUACCUUCUUAAAUGGUACACUUUUGUACCAUACUGGUGGACAUUAGUUAACUUUUGUACUUUUAAGGUUGAGUUUUGUACCUUUAAGUUGC